AUCUUUAUUAUUUAAUUGUGAUCGUGGUUGAAACUUUGAAAGUUUGAAUAGUUUGAUAUUGAUACCAGGUCAUAGACUGAUAGACUUAAAGUUAAGUUAGUUUAAUCUAAAUUUAGUACAUUUCAUAUUUUGGUGCUUGCUUAUAUUAUAAAAUAAAUACCUACCUGCUAAAAUAUUAAGAUUCAAAAAAUUUCAAAAUAGUCGAAAAUGGGAUUAUUAAAACCAGGAAUCAAAUCUCGAUUGGAGUCCGUCACUGAGUUUGUUAAAACUUCUUACCAUGUCGCCUUUAUUCCAUUUGUGAUAUACAUGGGUUUCAAAAAAGGACCAGAAGUUGGUGGCCCUGCGUUUGGACUUUUAAGCCUCCUGUGGCAGUAAUCUAGAAAAAAUUCUUCUAUCAAGACACAUUCAUGUAUUAUUUAAAAAAAUAAUAAUUUAUACAUUAAUUUGUGUUUUAUAUUAACUAGUUAAAUAUCAUACUUCUUAAACUUAAUGUUUUAAAAUAAAUUUAUUAAAAUGUGAUUAGUGUAUUA